AAAAUAUAUUAUAAUUAAUAGCAAAAUAAUAUCACACCCUUUGAGCCCUACCCGUAUAUUAUUUAGUAUAAAUAUAAAUACUACUGUACUUUAUUAUCAGUUCUCUCCUACUCCAGAAUCAUUAAUACUAAUUAAUAAAAGGUACAUUUAAUUAGUUUUGGUUAAUUAAUAGUUUGUUGGAUUAAUUGAUUUUUUUUUUUAUUUAUUUUUUAAAUUUGUGUGUAUAGGAAAGGAAGAUCAUGGGGAAGGAAAAGAAUAUGUUAAUUCAUAAUAAAUCUGAGUAUUAUAUUCAGAUCACAACUUCCAAUCCUUAUGAUGAAAUUAUUGAAGAGAUAUGGCCUGGUGCUUCCAAAAGUAUUUAUUUUUUAACUAAGCCUGUCCUCACUUUUUACUUUGGUGGUAAAUAUGUAUUCUCUUUUGAAGAAAAAUUAAAAAAUGCAUCACAAUUAAUAGUUGAGACUCAUAAUGAUGGAAAGCUCAUCCUCAAAAUCAACAACAAUAAUAGUAAUAAGAUUGGGAAGAAGAAUGACAAGAACCCAAAAAAGAGCCAGAAUAAUAAUAAGAGUGAUGUUAGUUCUUGGGAGAGACUAAGAAAUUACAUGAAGAAAGUUUGGAAAUAAAGCUUGAGAGACAAGCAAUCAUCUAUGCUAUGAUGAAUUGAGGUACAUUAAUUAAUUAAUAAUUAAAUAAUUUCUUAUGAUUUGUUUUGUGCAUCUAAAUCUUAUAGUCAGUUAAUCAAAGAGCCACGUCAUUUAACUACGCGUGAAAAAAAUAACAAAAAUAUGAAUAUUUUGAAGUGCAGAUUCUAAACAAUCUAAAUAAUUUAUAAACAUAUUAUAUUUUAUUUUGAGUAGUGAGAAUACAAUAGACUUGAAUCAUAGUGAUUUUUUUUUAAAAAAAAAAUCACACAUACCAACCAUAUAUAAUAUU